AUGGGGGCAACAUGGAGAAAAGUCGCUUACGGAGGAAUGCAGCCCGGGUUUGACGACAACCACACGGACGACUCAUUCCUCGAAGAAAUGGUUAUGAACGCCAACGUUGUCAAACGUGACAUCCUCAAAGUCAUGCUCCACUCUGUUUCCAUCUCCCAGUACCUCUGCAUUGUCGCCCUCGUCGGUCUUGUCUGGACUUACACCCUCAGAUCAAUCCUCAACGAAAACUCUCUCCUCCUUCUUGACGUCACCCUCCUCGGUUUGGGGUUCCUCGUUCUUCUCCUCACCGAAGAAAUGCUCUCCUUCAAUCUCUUCCUACGUUACUUGCUCAACAUCUCGUUUUUCAUCAGUGGGUUGUAUGUUUUGGCUCCAAUAUACCAGACGCUGACGACUUCCAUAAGCUCCAACUCCAUAUGGGCCGUCACGGUUGCGUUACUUGUGCUGCAUUUGUUUCUGCAUGACUACUUUGGCUCGACUGUGAGGGCCCCAGGGGCGCUGCACAAUCCGACAUUGAGGAGUUGCAUCUCGUUGAAUGCUUCUGUUGUUGCCUCCGUGUUUAUAGCUUCCUGUCUUCGGUCGAGGCUGCUGGUGUUUGCGAACAUGCUGUUCUCCUUGCAAGUGUUCCUGUUUGCGCCGUUGGUUACUUAUUGUAUUAAGAAGUAUUCGUUUCGUUUGCAUCUUUGGUUUUCUUUGGGGCUGAUGAUUGCGACUUUGGUGUUUGUUUAUACACUGCAUUUGUUGCUGUUUGUGAUGCUGUUGGGGUUGUUGGUGUUUGUUACUGUGGUGUGUCCGUAUUGGUUGAUCAGGAUGCAGGAAUAUAAGUUUGAGAUUAAUGGCCCUUGGGAUGAGGCUAAGCUUUGCUUUGAUAUCACUGAUUGA